GCCGGGCCGGAAGCGGUCAGAGCGCGCGGCGCCUGAGAGGGGCUGCGAUGGCGGCAGCCGAGCGCCGGCUGCGCGCCCCGGCGGGGCCUCGCCUUCCUGCUGCCUCUUGUGCGAGGCAGGGACGAGAUAAAGCACUGGCGUCCGCUCGUCGUGCGGCCUGAAGAGCAGUAAAGUAUGGUCUGGAGCCUUAGGAGCUGUACUUAUGGUGCUCGUGAAGGUGUCUGUGUGGGCCUCUUUCCUCAUGGCCAGGUCCCCGUUUCCUGGCGGACCGAUUGUUGUUGAAACUGAAGGACAGCGUACAGAAGCUAGGAGGUUUUGGUGACCUCUAGCUUUGGCCCUGCGAGCUUGUCGUGGGCGGCUUCGUUCUCGAAGUGUUCCGUCUUGAACGGCUAGUUCUUUGCAGCGAAACGGCAUCCUUAGCCUUGGUGAGGUAACAUCAGCAAUGUCUGCUAGCAGUAGACCCAUCCCUUCCACCUUACCAAAACCCUUGGAAAUCAAGGAGGCAAGCUCAAAGGACAGGCCAAGAGGCCGUCGUCCCAAGAGACCUCAAGGACACAGAAAGCAACUACCCUCUAAAGCUAAACUUUCUUCACAAAGUAUUCAGCAGUCUGUCCGUGAGAGAUGGGCUUUGAGUCAGCUACUGCAGAGAAACUCUGCUGUGUGAAACAGAUUCAUUGGAGGAAGCUUGGCAGAUACCAGGGUGAAAGCUGACUUGGUUGCCUUCACAACAGCAGUGUAUGGCCUCACAAGUCUUGGUUUAUCCACCAUAUGUUUAUCAAACCCAGUCAAGUGCCUUUUGUAGUGUGAAGAAACUCAAACUAGAACCAAGCAGUUGCGUGUACCACGAAAGAAACUACCCGCAAAUCUAUGUGAAUGGUAAAAACUUUGGAAUUUCUCCCCACAGGGUUAGUACCUACUUUCAGACUAAAAACCCCUUCGACAGACCUCGAGGACAGAACUUUUUGUUGCAGUCAAAUGCUGUUGCUUUAAAAAAUAUUGCAGGUGCUACGAAAGCAUUAGCGGCGCGGGCGCAGCAAGCUCAGUUAGAGGCACCUCAGACUGGGGUGCAAGGAAGCCGAUCAGAUACUGUGGAAGGACCCCAGCGAUGUGGAUUGAAGCGUAAGAGCGAAGAGCUGGAUAAUCAGAACGGCACAAUGCAGAUUGUUGAUGACCUAUCCAUCCUGCCUGCAAUGUUACAGACCAACGUUGGGAACCCGAUGACGGUCGUGACAACAGCUGCAGCUUCGAAACAGAGUGGUACAAACGGAGAUGGAGAUUACCAGUUAGUACAGCAUGAGGUAUUGUGCUCUGUGAAAAACACUUAUGAGGUUCUUGAUUUCCUUGGGAGAGGGACCUUUGGACAAGUAGUGAAGUGCUGGAAAAGGGGGACAAAUGAGAUUGUGGCAAUCAAAAUCUUGAAGAAUCAUCCUUCGUAUGCACGCCAAGGACAAAUAGAAGUGAGCAUAUUAGCGAGACUGAGUACUGAAAAUGCUGAUGAGUUUAACUUUGUGCGAGCCUACGAAUGCUUUCAGCAUCGUAACCACACUUGCCUGGUUUUUGAGAUGUUGGAACAGAAUUUGUAUGACUUCCUGAAACAAAACAAAUUCAGCCCUCUGCAACUGAAAGUAAUACGGCCUAUUCUGCAACAGGUGGCCACUGCACUGAAAAAACUAAAAAGUCUGGGUUUAAUCCAUGCUGACCUCAAACCAGAGAACAUUAUGUUGGUGGAUCCCGUUCGGCAGCCUUACCGGGUUAAAGUAAUAGAUUUUGGGUCUGCCAGCCAUGUAUCAAAGACUAUUUGUUCAACCUAUUUACAAUCUCGGUAUUACAGAGCACCAGAGAUCAUACUGGGAUUGCCAUUUUGUGAAGCCAUAGACAUGUGGUCGUUAGGGUGUGUGAUUGCAGAGCUGUUUCUUGGAUGGCCACUGUACCCAGGAGCACUGGAAUAUGACCAGAUUCGUUACAUUUCACAGACUCAAGGGUUGCCAGGAGAGCAGUUGUUGAGCAUGGGAACGAAAACUGCAAGAUUUUUCUGUAGAGAAACGGAUUCACCAUAUUCUAGUUGGAGAUUAAAGACAUUGGAAGAGCAUGAGGCGGAGACAGGUAUGAAGUCUAAAGAGGCCAGAAAGUAUAUUUUCAACAGUUUGGAUGAUAUAGUGCAUGUGAACAUGGUGAUGGAUCUGGAAGGAAGUGACCUGUUGGCAGAGAAAGCAGAUAGGAGGGAGUUUGUCAGUCUGUUGAAGAAAAUGUUGCUUAUUGAUGCUGAUUUAAGAAUCACUCCAGCUGAGACCCUUAACCAUUCUUUUGUUACCAUGAAGCACCUCCUCGAUUUUUCUCAUAGCAACCAAGUGAAGUCCUGUUUUCAUAUCAUGGAUAUUUGCAAAUGCAGAUCAAAUUCUUAUGACUUAGCUAACUGCAAUAAAACAUCACUUAUGAGACCUGUUGCCUCAGGCAGUGCAGCUAAUUUGACUGCGAGCUUUACCAAAAUUGGUCCAGUAAGAAGUCAGGCAUUAACUGCAUCUGCCCAUUCCGUUUUGCACCAAGGGAUUCCACUGCAGGCAGGAAAUGCUCAGUUUGGUUGCAGUGAUGUUUUCCAACAGGCAUUGAUUAUAUGUCCUCCAGCUAUUCAAGGAAUUCCUACAAACCAUGCUAAGCCCACCAGCUUCUCCCUGAGAGUGGACAACGCAGUUCCUUUGGUGACCCAAGCCCAUGCAAUUCAGCCCCUACAGAUUCAAGCAGGACUCCUAUCUCAGACGUGGUCGAAUCACACCCAGCAAAUACUGGUUCCUGCAUGGCAGCAAGUAGCACCAGUGUCAGCUCCUGCUACAUCUCUGGCCUCUGAUGCUGUGGCUGGCCCACAGAGGUUUGGAGACUGGGGGAAGAUGAUUACCCAGGGCACCCAUUACAAUUCACUGAUACCACAGCCUCUUUUAACACAUCAGAUAACCUUGUCUGCCCCUCAGCCAAUUAGUGUGGGCAUUGCACAUGUUGUCUGGCCUCAGCCUGCAGCUACCAAGAGGAACAAACUGUGUCAGAACAGGAGCAAUGUGUUACAAAAUACCAAUAUCCAAAAUUCAGCCUUUAUAGCUCCAAAGAUACUUAACCUCAAGGCUGUAAAGAGAAUAAGUUGUAUAGAAGCACAGGACAAUCAUAACUCAGAAGGACAGGAGAGUAACUGUUGCGAAGCAUCGGUCAGGCUGGACCCUGAUUCAUCUCUUCCAAGCAAACAGCGCCAGGCUAUCUUCAUCGCCGGUUCCCCUAGCCCAGCAGUCAGCGUGAUCACCAUCAGCAGUGACACGGAUGAAGAUGAUGUAGGGCAAGCACAUUCACUCAGAGAGUGUAAAGGUAGCCUUGACUGUGAAGCCUGCCAGAACACCUUGAACAUUGACCGCGUCUGUUCUCUCAGCAGUCCUGAUAGCACUCUCAGUACCAGCUCCUCGGAACAGUCUAGUCCAUCUCCUUGCAAGAGAUCCAACAGUAUGUCAGAUGAUGACCAGGAGAGUGGAUGUGAUACAGUGGACGGGUCUCCAACUUCAGACUCUUCAGGACACGACAGCCCAUUUGCAGAAAAUGGCUUUGUAGCUAAUACCAAUAACAAUAAGGAAGCCAGAGAAUCAGCUAAUCCUGAAACCAAAUCAGCUGUUUGCACAGUGGUGGUACCACCAAUGAGACUUGAGAACAGGCUACAUCUUAAUGAACAGAUGGUGAAUACAGAUGCUAUGAGCCAGCCACUGAAAAAGGGUCGGUCUGUCCUGGGAAGGAUAAACCAAUCUUCUGUUGCAGGAAACCGUCAGCAGAAACUGACAUCAGCAUUCCAUCAGCAGCAUAUAAACUUCAGUCAGGUUCAGCACUUUGGAUCUGGGCCGCAGGAGUGGAACGGAAACUAUGCUCCUCGGAGGCAGCAGGCUUACAUCCCAGCCAGCGUGGCUGGUCACGCUUUCUCCCUCCCCCAGGGAAGUCCAAGCCACACUACGGUGCACGCCCAUCUCUCUGGCAGCACCCACCUGGGAGGACAGCCUGCUAUUCUUCCGUACCCGACGUCAGCACCCCUUAGUACUGCUGCCCCUGUUGCCCACCUCCUUGCCUCACCGUGUACCUCAAGACCCCUGCUGCAGCAUCCGACGUACAGUAUAUCUCAUCCCAGUGGCAUAGUGCACCAAGUUCCAGUUGGCAUAAACCCCCGUCUCUUACCUUCCCCAACCAUUCAUCAGACUCAGUACAAACCCAUUUUCCCACCUCAUUCGUACAUCGCAGCGUCGCCUGCUUACACAGGAUUUCCCCUGAGUCCCACAAAACUCAGCCAGUAUCCAUUUAUGUGAGAACUCAAACCCAGUGUGUUGAGGAAGCUCAAUGAUGCAGAAUUUGAUUUAAGAAGAAACAUGGUAUUUAUUAAACCUUAGCCAUGGCACAACAGGAAAAUUAUUUUUUUGAAUCACGUAGACUUGGGUGCAAUUUAAACAACUCUGAGCUUUAAGAAAAAAAAAAACAACUCACUUUUAAUGUGUUUUGCACAUUUGGUAUAACUUGUCUUUGGUCACGUUAUCUUCUUAUAUUGUAACUUUAGACAGGUGACUUAUGGGAGCAGAAAUCUGGUUUUGCUCCUGCUAUUUUUUAUAGAAUUGCCUUCUAACUAGUGCAAGACACGUCUGCAUUUUGGGAAGCCAUUCAGUGUACAGAACUAGAGCAACAGAUGCACACGCGUCAGCAGUACGGUGUAGGAGUAACUCGUUCGUGUUGCGUAUCUCGGUGUUUAAAUGUUGAGUCACUUAAUCUAAGAGUUGAGCUGUUGUUCUUCACAUUUGCAUGUGUCUUUUGCAUGGGCAAAAAGAAAACCCCAACGAAACAAAAAAAAAAAAAAAGGAAAAAGGAAAAAAAAGCCUAAACACUGCUCUUAAAUGUUGUCAUCCUAAAUAAUCUCAGCUGCAUUGUAAACUGUUCCCACACAUAGUGCCUUAAAUAUUUGAGGUUGUUAAUGUUAUUACUUAUCUAUAAAUGUUGAGGACUGCAGCACUUAAAAAUUCAGAUCUGCUGAUUUUUUUUUUUUCCUUUGAUAGCUUAAUGCUCAUUUUGGGGUUUGUGUGGUAUGAUUUUAGUAUUGGGUGUGUUUUCCUUAUGGAAGGCAGCAUGGAUUUUGCUGUAGCCCAGUUUUGCUGUCUUCCCCCUCCCUCCCCAGAAUGACCUAGCUUCAAGGCAAGAUUUUUAGUAGCGUUGAAGAAAAGUUGAUGCAGUAGCUAUUGAGUAUUUCAUACUGGCAAAUGGAACUGCAAUCCCACCUAAGUAGUUUAUUUUUCCAAGUGUUUGUCUAAUUGGACAUAAUAAAAUGUUUAGGGGUGCGGUAGGCACGACUGACUAGCUAAUGAAAGAAAAACCCAAGUGCUCGUUGAUCCAUGCUGUGGUUUCAUCUUAGCUUGAGCAAACCGUGCAGUAUUUAAUAACUAGUAGUGGGAUAUUUACUAUUGAAGCUUGAAAAGAUGUGAGUUCUUUGUGUGCAAUCUUUCAUUUAUGCAUGGGAGAGAUUUUAGUCCUUUUACAUGCUAGUAUUUGUUUUAGCCUGUUGCGGGUGUUUGCUUAUUUAAUACAUUCCGUCAGGGACGUCGAUGACAUGCUUGUUGCAUUCUUAUGGUUAUCAUUAUGAUUUUCCUUUCCUUAGGGAGUGUGUCUCUUUGGUUUUUGUUUUGUUCAGAUGAAGUUGCUUUUGCAGCACCAAAGACUAAAUCAUCCAUUUCCUAUAAAAGGUAGCUACUUCUUCAUAGACCUCAAGUAUGCUGUAGUGUAGAGAUGGGAUUUACAGAAGGUAUUAAGCUGAGGCUGUGUUUUAGCUUAUGGGCAAGUAAUAAAUUGUAUCAUUUAUCUUGAAUGUAUCAUAGAUAAGCUGCUAUAUAAUGAUUGCCACUUCAGAUAGCUGUGAAAUUAGGUGAUUAACUAGUUCUUUCUUAGCCUUCUAAUUUCUGUACAAAUCUAAUUAUGUGAAAUAGAAGCUGGGUUUUGGGUUUGUUUGAUUUUUUGGGGUUGUUUUGGUUGUUUGGGUUUUUUUUUGGUUGCCUUUUGGUUUUUUGGUUGUUUUAGUUUUCGUUUUGUUUUCAUGUUUGAAGUGUCGUAACUACUAUACUGUAAAUGAUGGAAGAUGAUUGCAUAUGGGUUUUUUGGGGUGUGUUAUUUGCAUCAGUAUUUUAUCUCCAUUAACUUUGAGCUCAUCACUGCAUAUAAGUGGAUGUAUUGAUGUAACUUUUUGUUUUUAAUGUUUUCAUAUUGGCAUUGUGUAGACACUUAAGCUGCAUCUUGCAGGCUUGACUUAACUUCUUUUUUUUUUUUUUAAACAAAAUCUGGAAUACAAUCCUUGCAAUGUUGACUGGAAUAAGAGUGCAAAGCAUUUGAGUUUAACUCUUAUCAAUAAGCUAAGAACUGGUAAUCUUUUUCUUUACUCCACUAACACAAGCAGUGUUUUAUUUAAUGAAUGUCUGAACGAAAUAAAUGUGCCUACAUUUGAUUUACUUUUUAAGUAAUAACUCAAAUACAGCAGUAUUAGAUCAUAAAAAAAAAAAAAGAAGAAUAAAAAUACCAGCAGUACAUUUUUAAUCACACUGAAAAUUAAGAAACCUAACUUUUCCCAAGCGUUUCAGUGUUUUUAGUAAUCAACUCUAUGCAUUUUGUACGAGUGUGUGUAUAUAAAGUAUGCAUUAGGAACUAGGACUGUCCUGAUGAAUUUGAGAUCAACACAUAUAUACAAAGCCUAAAUAGAGGGAGUCAAGAAAAUGCUCUAAUUGGAUAUCCACCUUAUCACUUCAAACUCGUGCUAUAUGGUCCAGCAGAUAGUUUUCUGUUCACUCCCCUGUGUUGGGAAGUGAUGUGGUUUUUUUGUUGGUGCUCACUCCAUUGCUGGCAAUGGACACACCAAGCAUCACCAGUGCAAAUGGGGUAAAUAAAUUUUGUAUUGUGCUAACAAAAAAAAAAAUACUGCAUUUUUUUUUCUGGGGCCGUGGGGAUUUUCAUUGGUCUGAUGUAUUUACUGUACUUUCUUUUUACUGUGCUUAAGGUUUUAAGCUAACGUGCUUGUUAAAUUGACACAAUUCUCUGCAUAUCACGACAAGAUCAGGAAAAAGUUGCUGUAAAUGUGCCCCAAGUUAGAAUCUGCUGCUCUUUAUUGUCAUUGUAGAAAUGUCUGCAUUUCAAAGAAUGAAACAUUUGGGAUCCUGCCACAGCUUAAAUUCAGUAUAGGGCUGGGUGCUAGGUUGGACUGGAUGAUCUUGGAGGUCUUUUCCAACCUGGUUGAUUCUAUGAUUCUAAUAUGCUGGGUAAUGUUGCCCCCAUCCUGCAAUACCCUUGAAGAGAAGGGACUCUGAGCACUGCAAGUGUCCAGGGCCCAUCUGCAGGAAAGAAAGCAAAAAGAAAAUAACAAAGCUCUCAGAGUGAGAGACUUUUCUGUGUGAGAAAAGUCAUCCUCUGAGGGAGCAGUUACACACCUUGCCAUUUUAAUGCCUUUUUUAAAUAAAACACUGCAUGACUAUGGAACUGCAUAUCUGCAUAUUACUUUAAUUUGCGAGAUUUUUAUAUUGAAUUUCUUGUGCUCAGUUUUUAACUUCAGGGUGUUUUAUUGGUCAAAUAUGCUACUGUAUUAACUUUUUUUCUUGUUGCUGGUUUUAAUUUUUUUUCCCCUCCUUGUUUUUACUGCUAGUUAACUUGCUUUGUGUUAAGUAAAAGUUAAAUCGCACUGCAAGCUGUAGGAAGACUUGUUCUAGAGAUACCCAGUGAUACAGACUUGAUCAAUGAGUUUGAACUGUUACUGUUUAACAAUUUGUAGACUUGUGGCUUUUGUUUUGUUUUUGGUUUUGGGUUUUCCUGUUUUUAUUUUCCUUGCUUUGGAUUUCUCUGCUACACUAGUUGGCCAUGUAGCAAUUGCACUGUGCAAUAUUACAAUAUUGAGGACUGGGAAAAUUUUUUUAUGGAUGUAAUGUCUCUUACAGUUUGCGAUAGUAUUUCUUUCUAGUUCUCAGUGAUUUAAAUGUGACCAAGCCUUCUGUACUUUGUCACAAAAAGCGGGUUUUCCAGGUGACUAUUUUGGUGAGUGUCAAAAUAAGAAUUUAUGGUGUAUUACUGUCGAGAUUCACUUUGAAUUAAAAUAUAUAUUGCAGCAGA